GUUGAAAUUUUUGGAUUGGGGAAUCUUGCGUGAACAUAUGUUUUUGUUUACGUUGUAGUUCUCAAACUUCUGAUAAGAAAUUAUCACUGAUAUCUACAGCCGAAUUAUACUUGAAAAGUAGUUAGAAAUUUGUAAAUACUCGAAAAUGGCGUUAAUACCACCCGUAACACGUCUUACCUCAUCUAUUAUACGCAUAUUAGGAUGUAAUCCCAGUCCGAUGACCUUGCAAGGUACCAACACAUAUUUAUUGGGCACAGGCAAAAGACGCAUAUUAAUAGAUACUGGCGAUGUGGACGUACCAGAGUAUAUCAAGCAUUUAAAUUCUGUUUUGAAGCAGGAGCAGGCUUCACUAAGUACAAUUAUACUUACACACUGGCAUCAUGAUCAUGUAGGCGGCGUGAAGGAUGUGUUAAAGACAUGCGCUGCAAGUGAUUGCUUGGUUUACAAAUUUCCACGUACCGACGCAUUAGAUGUGUGCCCAGAGAUCCCACCAAAUAUUAAGGUGCACCCAUUGCAGGAUGAACAAGUAUUAAGUGUAGACGGUGCAAAAGUGAAAAUUGUACACACACCAGGACAUACAACGGAUCAUGUUGUUUUGACUACCGAAGAUGGCAUAUUGUUUAGUGGCGACUGUAUUUUGGGCGAAGGUACUGCAGUAUUUGAAGACUUAUAUGAUUAUAUGAAAAGUUUGCACAAAAUAUUGAGCAUAAAACCUGAAAUCAUAUAUCCUGCACAUGGUAAUGUUAUUGAGAAACCAGUUGACAAAAUCACAUUCUAUAUUAAUCAUCGAAAUCAGCGUGAAAUUCAAGUACUGGAUUUCUUCAGUCGAAACCCUAAUAAACCAUUGCAAGCCAUGGACGUAGUACGUGAUGUAUACAAAGAAACACCGGAACAAUUAUGGCCGGCUGCUGCAUAUAAUGUUGGACAUCAUCUCGAGAAAUUACAACGUGAAGGAAAACUGAAGUUAACUUCAAAUAAUGAUGAAAAAUUUUACGAAUUACAAAGGAGUAGUGCUCUAUAGUGUGAUAAUUUAAAAUGAUCACCAUACUGAUUUAUAUAAUACAAUAUUUAAUAUACUAUUGAGAAUGUGUAUUAAACAUAGGUGGCAUAUAUGGAUAUAACAGGGGUGGUAUAUUUUAAAUAAAUUUACAACAAUUUCAUUAACAA